UUCAUCAAGAUAAUCUUGGAACUACAUAUAAAAAACUGAACCAUUAUGGCCGAACUAACAGAUUUAGAAACCAUUGUCAAGGAUUAUGCAUGGAAUACCUUUUCAAGAGUAAGCGAAAAGAAACUCGAUUAUAAAGAGGCUCGAAUUGAUAUUGAUUGGUCGAGGACCAAAUUCGUGGCAUCAAAACCAACAUUUGGUAGCGUGGGAAUGGAAGAUCUCCCUACGGCGCAGGAGAUCUACAGAUCAACCUACGUGAACGGAACAAAUGAAGACCAGGAACAUUCCAUCUCCAUGCAAAGAAGCACUAAGAGCACCUGCAAAGCUUACGUCACCAAGGGGUACACCAAAGGGGUCAACGUCGGACUCAAGCUGGCCGUGCCAGGGGACGUAGCUAACCUCACCACAGCGUUCGGAUACUCCGUAAACAUCACCGACAAUUCAGAAGAGUCCAAAGAGGAAACGAUGACUUGGGGAUCCGACUGCAAAGUUAGGGUCCCUAAACAGAAGAAGGUGACGGCGAACAUCUCUGUCACAGAGAAGGAAUAUAACGCAGCCUUCCAGAUGAAGACCACUAUUUACGGAACCGUCCAUGUUGCCAUCCACAACAGAAUCGACGACCGGUUGGUGCAGUCUAUUGAUGCACCAUUCGUGGAAAUCAUGAGGUGGUAUUGCAAAAACAAUGGAUUCGGAGGAUGCACCAUCAAAGGAAAAGAAGUAACAUGGGACGUCACCGGAAAUUGUUACUUCAGGUUUGGCGUGGAGCAGAGGGUUGAGACCCAGCCUUCUCGGCAGAUAUGAACUAUGUCUUUAAUGUGAAGUUUGUAAAUUUAUUUUCCUAUAGGAACUUUACUAAAUGUUUUUGUUUUCUGUUCAUUUGAUAUGUUAUUUCAUUGUAUUAUCUUGUAUCAAUGUGUUAUUAAUAGCUCAAUAAUUUUACUGUCUUAAAAGCCAAUAAUUGAACUGUUUCUAAAUGUAUAUCAAUAAUGCAC